GAACAAAAAAAUAGCUUUCAUCAUGGGAGCAACAAAGCCCAGAGUCAAUAAGACUCUAAUAUCAUUGAAAGUUGUGGCUUUCUUUGUAUUAAGUGGUCUCACCGCCCUGCACAUUGUCAACAGCCAGAAACCCUUAACAUUGGGUCUAUAUUUCUCGGAAUAUCGUGAGGUAACAAUUAUUGCCUCAUUUGUGGCCAUAUUGGGUCCGCUAAUUGUUGGCCCCUUGGCCGAUCGUGUGGCCGCAAAAAAUCCCAAUAGCUUUGGUCGUUUCCUGAGAAUUCUCACCGCGAUCUGUCUGAUUAUCACCAGCAUCAUUUAUGCCUGUCUGAUUGCCGUGCCAAGUGUGGCACGCCAAGAAGAUCAUCUACCCCUGGUGAGUUUUGCCUGUGACUCAAAUGGCGCUGUAAUGUUCCAAGAGAGUUGUAGCGGUGAAUCAAGCUGCCGUCAUUGGGAUAAAAAAGUUGGUAGCUUGGAUUUGACAAAUUGCACCUACACCUGCCAGAAUCCCAAUCAAUAUGAAAAUAUGUACACGCCCUGGUUGGAAAGUAUACCGACACCAUCUCCCUCCACAGAACAUAGUUCGGAAUUUGAUUAUGAAGAUGAUGCCUCAACGGCGGUCACAGAAAGUUUGCGGGCACGUCGUAGUGCGGAACAGUCAGCGGAAUUUAAUGGUGGGGAAUUGAUUAGUGCUGAGGUUAACUCGAGAAAAACAAGGGCUGCCAAAUCCGCACCCAGCAAGGUGUAUGUUGAACCACCACACAUUUGUAUGACAGCCAAGGAUGAGCAGGGUAAUGAUUAUAUCAAGAACUGUCAUGUCUACACAGAUGAUACAUCGAGCAUUAAUGUCCAUACGGUAAUGCAUGCAGCCACAAAUGUAGAAAAUGAAACCCAUUCUGCUGAUUGGUGUCAUUAUCCUUUGGAGGGUUUCCAAUGCCACAUACCAGUGCAACAGGUCAAUUAUAUGCUGGAGCUGAAAAAUGGUUCCGACUGCACGCCAAUGAUUGAAUGUCAAAUUAGAAAUCCCUAUCACGCCAAGGGUGGUUUAAUGGCCCACACUGAAUGCGUCACGACGACAGGAGAUAUUGCAGAAACUAUGGGUGGUUAUAUGGCCAUACGGAUCUUGGGUGAUAUCUUUGCCUUGGCUUCGUUCACCCUCCUCAAUACGGCCAUUGUGAUUGCUGUUCGCGAAACCUCCGAGGGACGUGGUGAAGUGUGCCGCCAAUAUGCCUGGGGUGCUGUGGGUUAUGUUCUACUCUUCAGUCCCUUGAAAUUGAUUUUCGAUGAUGCGGCUGGUGUGGAUGUGGUGUUGAUUGUUUUGAUCAUCUGUUUCUUAAUUGGUUCGGCUGUGUUACUCUUUGCCUCGCAAAUGCCCUUGAGUCCUCCGGAAUGGUGGUGGCACACAAAGACCGGAAUGUUAGUAUAUCCCAUGUCAGCCAUUAGAAAAUAUAGUCCGGAAAUAUUUGUUCUAACCUUGGUGGCCAUACUCUUUGGUACCUUCUGGGGCAGUAUUCAUUCAUAUUUGUAUUGGUCGUUCAUUGGAGAUUACACGGUGUAUUUCGGAAGCUUGUUGCUGGUUUUGGUCUUAUUCUUGAAUGUCGAUAAGUUCAUUGAAUACUGUGGCCAUUCGAAUAUUUUCAUUGCCGGCUUUGCCAUGUACAUCAUCCGCUUUACAGCCUUUGCCAGUUUGGAUACGAAGUGGUUGACAAAUCUAAUGGAGAUCUUUGAACCUGUGAUUAUUGGAAUUAUUUGGAUUACCAUAAUUCUGUAUAUGCGCCACGCCAUGCCCCGCAAGCUAACAGCCACUGGCCAGGCAAUUGCCAUUGUGGCCUUCUUUGGCUUGGGUAAAGGUUUUGGUGCCCUCAUCAGUUUGGUCCAUGAUGAUGAGUCCAGUUUCUACACAGAAGAUGAUUGCAUUAAAUUCGAAUGGUUGGCCGUGGCGGCCUGUAUUGUGGCCCUCACAUAUUUUGUUAUCUACAAUUUAAUUUUGGCACCUCGCUGUGCUGCCAAACCGGUACAUCUGGAUGAUUUAAUAUCGGGAUCGGCAUCACAAACCUUUGCCAAUGGUGCUGGCGCUGGUAAUGGCGGUAGUACUGGUCUAACAAAUGGUGCUGGAAAUGGAACGGGUAGUAGUUAUUCGCCGCUGCGUGUCUAUCACAAUGAACGUGGAAAGAAGGGACAAUUUAGAUAUUAA